AUGGACCUUGACACAGGUUUAAGCCCGAUCAUGGCUAAGGAACUUCAGCAAUUAAGCAACACAUUCGAAAAGAUCACUAGUGAUCUUUAUCGAGUGGUUCAAGAUCCAAAGGAAUCCCUUAGGAGUUUUGUGAACAUGUUUGGUAGGGAAGCUCUGAGUAUCCCCAACGUUGAUAUGGCGACUGCAGUUGAAGCCUUUAAAAUGGGAUUAAAGAAGGAAUCUCCUUUCUACGAAGACCUCGUAACGACUCCAUGCAAACGGAUGGACGAAGUUAGGAGUAGAGCACUAAGGUAUGAUAUACAAGAAGAAGUGGAAAAACUUCUUAAAACAGGAAUGAUCAGGGAGGAUGACAUGGUGGUCAAUUCAAAUAAAGAUGAAGAUCAUCUCAAGGAUCUUGAAGAAGCCUUCGACAUACUGGAGGAAUAUAACAUGAAGUUGAAUCCCUCCAAGUGUGACUUUGGAAUGAUAUCAGGAAAAUUCCUUGGAUACAUGGUGACCAAAAGAGGAAUCGAAGGGAAUAACGAAUGGCUGGAAGAAUCAGAGGAAGAACCUGAAGAGGACCCCGAGGAGGAGUCUGAAGAGAAACCCGAGGAAGACCCCGAGGAGGAAUCCGAGGAAGAACCUGAGGCGGAAGCCGAAGGCGGACCUGCCGAGCCAGUGAUGGAUCUGGAGGAGGAGGAAGCCGAAGGAGAUCUCGAGGAAGAACCCAACGAAGAUGAAGAUGGUGAUUCGGACGCAGAGUCCGAAGUCAUCAACCCCCUUAUACGAUUAGGGUGCCCGCUUCGUGGGUAG